AUGGAGGUUUCGCUCAAUGACACAGUUAACCAAAGCCGCCGGACUGAGUAUCAAUGCCGAUCGCGAGGGCUGCUCCAAGAACGUGUGGAUAUGGAAAAGGUGAAGGCAGUUCUUUCCACCUCUGAAAAUGGCCAUUUUUCUGUGAUUAAGAACGAAGCAUACAACGGAUUCUAUGCAUGUAUAAGUGCCUUACGACAUGCCUUCAGAUGGGGUACUGUGCCUGUCGUUAAGGUUGCUCAACGAGACAAGAUUAUCCAGUUCCCACCUGAGCUAGACCUGCCAUGGGGCUUCAUCCGUCGACGAUAUGGUAUCACCUCGCAGGGAGGAAAUGUGAUGUCUAAUCUUCAAUGCAAUAUCGAUAAUGCUACGCGCAGAGUGGCCUAUGCAAUCAAUGGCAGCAUGCCCGAGCCUAUCCCUUCAGCCGAGUAUUACCUUAUUUACUCAUUUACCGAGCCGGAGAGAAAGGCUUUACCAGUCUAUUACCAUCUAGUACAAUCUAUUAGAUGCUAUGAGAAGGGCCAGAGACAAGCAUGUCUUGCUCAUCUGCAGGGAAUCAGCAUUCACCUAAAAUCGGUCUUCCGGAUAUACUAUGAAAACGUUGUCGAAUCGAAAAUACCUCGACAUGUCUUUACAGCCUAUAUUCAAGGAUUCCACGGCUGGGCCGCUGGUGAAUUCAUCGAGGACGAGUAUGUCGAAUAUGAUGGGACCUCCGGUGCCCAUCUGGUCUUGUUCAAUGUCCUUGAUUACUUUCUUGGUUUGGAACCCUUCUUUGACGAGCAAGAUUUCAUGAGAUAUUUUUCUCACUCGCAGAGGAGAUUUAUGGCUUCUGUCAAAGCCCAUGCCUUCCGGACCGCUGCGGAGCAGGCUAAUAACUUUGGAUUGACGGAGCAAUUCGAGAAAAUUGCAAAGCAGCUUCGAAGCUGGAAUUAUGCACUCAACACUGUUAUCUUGAACCCUCCAGCCAACGGAACUUAG